GUAUUGGUCGAUCGCGCGCGACGGCAUCGGUGAGCGCAACGAAGUUGCUCGAAUUUCCUAUAUAUAUUAUCGAUAAAUAGCUCGCGUCGUUGCCCGUGUGACUUUCCGAGGCGGCGAGAACGGCCGACGUAUCGUGCGUCGUGCGGGAACGGCGUUGCCUCGUCGCGAGAGGCGUUUUCGAGUGGUGCGUUCCUAGCGUGCUUUCUUGCGAAGAGAGAGAGAGAGAGAAGUGUGGUGCCCGCUGUGGACGACCGACUACGCGUACGACGUACCGUGACGACAGUUACGUGAGAAGAGAGAAGGAAGAGGAACGUGGUGGAACGGGGCGAGAGGAAGAGAGAAGGCGCGCGCGUCGCUCGCUGAGCGGAGAUCGGCGGCGGACGAGAGCAGCCGAGCACGGACGACGGGAUUAUCGUACGUUGGGUGUGACGGAACGCAGUUGCGACUCGGUGCGCGCGACCCGGACCGGCGUAUCUGCACGACUGGCGUCGUGCGCGAGGGCCCUAAAGGGCGAGCCCAGGCAGCGUUCUCGCGAGGCCUGCGGCGGUAUCCCACGAGAGAGCACGUUGAGCCCGGCCACGACGAGGACGUACUCGCAGAAGGAAAGCGGCAUGCGGAACGUGACGCGCCAGAUAAGCCCGGCCUCGACAUGCUCGGAAACAUUUUAACAGCACCAAGUCAUUUUCGUUGUCAACCGUGUUGCGAGCGAGUGUGAGAGGCCGCUGCUGCUGCGAAUUAUCGGAGGCGCGCAAAGCUCGACUCUGGGAGCGGUCGGCUUAAAACCGAGCAGCCCCGAGCGAGAGAUCGUCGGCGCUGCAUUCCAGGCGUUUUCGUUCAUGUGAUUACGGACACAUCGGGAUACAUUUAACGCGCUUCAAGUAUGCUACGCUUCCUCAAACGUGAAAACGAAGAGAUGAGUAUCGUGUUGCGAUGGAUGAUAAGCGACGAUCAGUAACAUGCGAGAGACUGUGGAAACGACGUAAUUAAGUGCCCGCGGAGGGUGAGAAGAAGCGACAAAAGUAACGAGUUGUUUCUCGGGAUAAGAGGAAAAUAGCGAGAACACAAAGAGUCAAGAAGUCGAAUAGAAGCGGGACGGCGGUAAGGGAGGCAGGACAGAGCCGUAGCGAUGGAUGAAUGGGAGUGAGCGCGGCGCACAGGGAGUGCAGGAGCGGCGGGCGCGCACGUUGCGGCACGUCGUGGGAGCCUCUGAAUGUGGAGGCCGCGGCACUGGCAGCGUCAGUGGCAGUGAUGGCCCCUGCUCUGACGGAAGGCGGUCCUCAAAAGCCUGAAAACUUGCUCCCUACCCUACCAGCCGCGGCGAGCGGCUUUCUGUCCGCCGUGCAGGCUACGCAGGUGUGCCAGGACCGUGAGAUCGUGUCCAAGUUCGUAGUGCCGGCGAACGUGCAACCGUCGAAAAUCGACGAGCAGUGCUUGCGUGGUGUCUCGAAGGACCUGAUACGCGAUGUCAUUAAUUCGAAAUACGCCAACGAUCUCGACUCGCUGUCCGCCUUUGCGAGCGCGUCUGACUUGAUCGGACCGAGAAACGGGACGGCGGCGGCGGCAGCGGAGGCAGCGGGGCAAGAGAACUUUGAGGAACCGGUCACGCUGCCGGGCGCCGAUCACGUCGAACGGAAGGUGAUCGACAUUAUAAUGAACGAUCCAUCUAUGGGUGAUCAAACAAACAACAUGGGUUUCUUGAAAUCGAGCGCGGAUUUGCCCCUGGUGGCUACCGAGCCUGAAACGGGAGGUAACAAAGCUCUGGACGUCGAUCAGAUCAUGGCGUUCGGUGCCGAUAUCGCCGCCGACAGCGAGCAAUGCAACAUGGCGAACGUCGCCGAUAUCGGGCACAACGUCGAGGAGAUCCUGCAGGUGAUUAAGUCGAUCGAGGGCGCGGAGAGCGCCGAGAACAUCUCCGCGGGCGGUGGCGAGCCGGCGCAGGGCGCCGUCGAUGGCGUGGAGAUGUUCGCCAUGCCCGAGGAGGGAUUCGCCUCUUUCGAGCGGGAUCUGCUUAACGACGUGGACGUGAUGAGUCUUUGCAACGAGAACAUCAACAUCGCGGACACGGUGGACCAACAGAAGUCUAACACUUUGAGAUUGCAACAGGAUAUCGUCGCGCAGAAGCAAUUCGAGAGCGAGAGGAGGUGCGCGUUCUUACUGAGAAGACUGAGGAAGCUUCAAGCGAGGAUAGUCGGCAGACACGUGGCGGAGGAGAACACUGGUGUUCUCGAGCUGGCCCAUCGCGGGGUGAAGAAGUACCUUUUUCAGGAACUGGUUAACAUUGGCUCGAAGUCCAACGUGAGGAACUUUCCCGAGAUCAGCGGCAGUUUGCGUUCGUUUCUCCAGAAGAUCGAGAAGAUGUGCGUCGCUCAGAGCAACAGUGUGAACCGCCAGAGAGUGUGUUGUCGUUACUUUGGCGGAGGCUCGCGCGACAACGCGGGUAGUAGUACAUCCGGCAGUAACGGCAACCGUCAACCGGUGUUCGGUAUCCCUCAGGUUAAACUAAACAGUGAAGAAGUGGAGAGUGUUGCCGGAUCCUUGUCCACGCAGUUCCAUGUCGUGGAAUCGAAUUUGGACUCGGAUUGUACGGCGUCCAGCAGCGGCGGGGAGAGCUGCGACGAGAUGCAGACGUUCAACAAUCCACAUCAACAGCACCUGCCCAUAUCCAAAAGAGCAGCAUGGAGAUAUGCACAGGAUCGUGCAGGUGUAGCAUCACGGUGGACCUGGCUACAGGCACAAAUAUCAGAUUUAGAAUACAGAAUUAGACAGCAUAACGAUUUGCAACGGCAGAUCAGGGCCACAAAGGGCCUGGUUGUUCUCGAUAAUACGGAAACUGUUAACGGAUACAGUGGCGCUCUACCAGGUUCUACCGGGCGAUACAAUUCGCCCGAGGGUGAAAUGCCAGCUAGUAGGACGCGUCCAUUUGUAUGGAGUUUUUAUAGAAAGCGAAAGCUUUUGCAAGUGGACAGGCUACACGAAGUUUCAAAACGUGCGGCCAAAGCGUCAACAGUGAGAUGCAAUUGUGAUCACGUGUUGCCUGCAUGUGCUUUAUGUACAGGAAGGCUAGAUCCAAUGCAGCCGCAAGAACCAAUUGAACAGCUUUCUGUACAAGAACGCGUAGCACUUGUUGAUCCUAGUUUUCAUCCGGUGUUAUCAUUUCCUGAUGAAAUUGUACAUGGAACUCAUUUAGAAGCUAUUAUGAAAUCAGUGGAAUGGCAGCAGAAAAUGCUGAGGGGCAAUUUGCGAAUCACUCGAGUGAAAGAUAAAGAUAGCAAUGAAAGAAGGAAUAAGAAACUCCCUAAUAGAACGAAGUAUACAGCGCGAUUAAAGAAAUCAUCCUCGACUAUCCUUACAGCGAGAAUCAAGAGGAAAAUGUUGAAAAACGGGAAGAGAAAUAGACUCCCUCACGAGAGAAGCGUGCCUGGAUUAAACAAGAAAAAGAUAUCGAAAUUGCCGACUGAGGAUGAUGACGAUAUUAGCGCGCUUUCAAGUUCCAGCAAACACUCGUCCCCAGUGCCUUCUCCAUUGCAACACGUUACUGCCUCGUCAGAGAAAAAUACCGUUAAAGAGAAAAGUUCGAAUUCACAUGGGCGCUUGCGGCAGAAUUCAUACGACAUUGACAAUAUAGUCAUUCCCUACAGUGUUGCUGCUUCAACCAGGCCUGAGAAAUUACAAUACAAAGAGAUUUUAACACCAAAAUGGAGACUAUGCGACGAGCCUUCGAAAAUGGACGUGAAGAAUGGCAUAAUGCACAGGCCCGGUCAGGAUAGCGAUUUUGAGGAUAUAUCGGACGAAACUAUCGCUCUGAGGCAUGAACGUAGUGAACGCGAGGAAUACAAACGUUUCAUGACGCAUCUCAACAUGCCAAAUCAGACGCGUAUUCGUCACAAUCGUCGUCUUGAUAGCAGAGCAGACAGCGGUGCAAACACACCCGAUCCCAUGUCGCCGCACGCGAGUAGCGAUUUCGGUGGAGACGCGGUGUCGCCGUUAACGUCUCCGCCCGCUACUCCGUCGCAGGACACGGAACAGAACCCGCAGCAACCUGCGUCGGGUCUGGACCCGCAUCGAGCGUCCGCUCUGCAAAACUCGUUUCGACGUCGCGCUAUGCCUGGUCUGAAACUGGGGAAAGACGACGCCACGACCGCAUUUACCGAGGAUGAGAACGAAAUUUUGCCGUACGAACCAAGAAUAUUCCCGUUGUCCGAAGAAGUUUAUGAUAAGAUGCUGGAAGUGAUGCCGGACGGACACUGGCAAGCUUCGUCGACAUCUUUAUGCUCCCGUGACGGAGAGAAGGGCGAUGAUGACGGGGAAAUGAUGGAUUCUCCUGAAUCGGAUUCGACUGAAUCGGCUUGUUGCGACGUAGACGGUGAGGACCCCAAUGACCCUGAAUGGACAGUAGCUGACGAUAGGGAUACUGAAAAGGAGAGAAUACGUCCUACGGCUAAGAGAUAGGAUAUAAAACUCUUAAUAAUUACAGUAUGUCUACGUCGUCGUUACUAUAUGCAGAAGCUACCUGUCAAUUGUUAUAUAUACCUGUCGGUCAUGUAACAUUGCACCUUAAGUUAAUGGUAUUACGAAUUCUGUAAAGUGUAUCAUAAAUAUAAAUUUUAUAACUUCAUUCUGCUUAAAUUAAUGGAAAGAAACCUUAAUUAAUUAAUUAUUAUUGCUCUUUUUUUAAGUAUUGCUAUUUUGGCCAAAGCACUAGGACUUGUACGAGCGUCAUUAUUACGUUUAGGAUAUGUACUUGCAUUACUGACUUUCCCCUCUGCUCUGUUACGUAAUAAUAGUAGGUAGUAUUAAUUAAUGAGAGAAAAGUAGAAUCUCAUGACAAAUUGAAGCUGUUUUGUACAGAACUGUAUUUAUGUUACGAUCAGUCCUUCACUUUAAAUAAAAGUGCCAAUUGAAAUGUUCUGUAGCACUGUGUACCUUCCAAUAUUAAACACGCUUUCUCUAUUUUGCGAGAGAAAGAGUACACCACAGUCUGCGCAACAUACUCGACGAAAUGUGUUAACGGAUGCUUAAAUGUGUAUAUUCCGACUUCAUCAUGAUGUGAAAACGUGUAUUUAAAUUCCUGUAUAUCGUCCGUUAUAUAACUCGUGCACACUUAAUUUUGCAAGAGUGUUUCGUAUUUUAUGUAACAGUCAAAAUCAGUUUUUUCCUCAAGUGCGAAUUUAGCGUAGCGUAGCGCUGAUUCCAUUUGUUUUAUUUCUCACAUGACCGAGUUGUGUCUUAAGAUAUUACUGUCGCGUCGUACAGGUAAGGGCACCGUUGCUGAAAUUAAAAUUAUAAAGAGGACGUUGUAAAUUUGUGUAUUAUAUAGAGAAUAUUCUUGACAUAGCGUGUGCAUUUGAAGAUGUGUAGAACUGCUGCUAAUUAAUAUUAAAAAAACGCGUUAUCGAUUAAAAAAACACUGGCACUCUGUAUUUUGACUGUUAUGUUUUGUAUCAACGGUAUCAUUUGCCAGAUCUAAACUGGCUUGUUAAUUUAAGCGUUCACAUAAAUACUGAAAGUCUUGUGUCACUGUGAUUUCGCGAUUUUCUAAUAGUCUGUGAUACUACAUGUAUUUUCUUUCGUAUUAAAAGUUUUAUAACCAG